AUGAUAUUUACGCUGAUUGUAUUUCACAAGGCUGUAAAUGAUCAGUAUAAGAACAUCCUUAAUUCUCAAGGCAUUGACUUAAGUAAAUACAAAAAUUGGACAAAAAUUCAGAAUUUCAUUCUUGAAAAUCUGGAUUCUAGCAAGCAAAUUAAAGCUAGAAAGUUAUUAAUGAACUCUAUGAACUAUAAUCGCGCCGAAUCCAGCCAUUAUGAUGAAAAAUAUCUCGAAAAUUUUUACAAUGAUAAACUCAAGAUAUUUUUAGACAAUCAAACCCAUAUCUACAAGUAUCUACCACAUAACAUAUCCAAGAAUACAGUUCUUAAUUUGAUCAAUACUAGUCUUCCAAAAAUGAAAACGGAAUUAUGGAUCAAAGGAUAUAAAUACAAACCAUUAAAGAAGAUAAUCGUUGAUAUUGUUAACAAUACUAACCAAACAACAGUCGAAGAAAUCGUAACAGCGUUGAAAUUACCUUUAUCUUUUUAUUUUGAUGGAUCAGAAGCUGUUAAACAAUCAAUGACAUCAGAAUCAUAUGAUAUAAAGGAUAUUCCGAAACAUAUAUUCAUGAAUGAGCAAAAAAUCAUGGGAAUUAUUAAAGAUGUUAUAAAACCAGUUUCAUCUUCAAAAUUAAACAUAGAACAAAUAGCUACGAAUGCAUUAAAUGCAAUGAUAGGUGUUAAAAACUCAUUAUCAGGUUCAAUCAAAAUUUUUGCCAAAUCUUUUGUUGCUUCUUUCUUUACAUACUGUAAUUGGAUGCCAGAGCACACUUUUACGAUGAAGAUUGGUUUCAAACGACUGAUUUCUAAAUACGAGAAGUUUGGAAAAGAAUUAAAUAAAUCAGACACAAAAAUGGUUGAAUUAUACAAUAAAUACAAACCAUUGUUUGAUGAUUUAAAGAGGCAACUCAAUGAUCAUACUAUUAUCCUUCCAGAAGACAUACGAAACAAAUAUAUCAAACCAUAUCUUAAAUAUUUUGAUGCAGACUUUAAAUUAGUAUCAUUAUUCAUUCAAGAUAAUUAUAGUCAUCUUUAUGAUGAAAACAACUUCUUUUCUGCAUUCAGAGAAAAAGAUCAACCUUUAAUUAAGCCAUUAGUCUUCACAGUACUUACGAACAAGACUGAGAAGGAGAAACAAGAGUCAUAUGAUACAGUUUUCCAGGCAAUUCUCUAUUUAAACAAUCCUUUGACUCCAAUUCCAGAAUUCACAAUGGAAUGGGCAGAUAAAAUCGCAUUUGGAACUGUUUUCUUUAAAAAAUAUAAUCCAAAUGACUCAUUAAAUGAUGUUUUGGCCAAGAUUGGCAUCGAAAACAUUGAUUCUGAAAUUAUCAAAAAUGGAAUUUCGAAUUUUGUUCAAUUUUUAGAAGAAAUCAAGUCAUUGUCACCUGAUAUAAUUGAUUUCAUAAUCAAUUUCCUGAACGAUCUUAAAAAAGUUGUGAAAAAUGAUAUGAAAUUUGAUGAUGUCCUAAAAACACUUCCAUUUGGCAAAACAAUAUCACAAUAUGCCAAUGCAGCUGUUGAGCAUGCAAACGGGAAGCCGAUCAAAGAAGCAUUCUGGGAUUUAGAAUUUAAUAAUUUUUAUAUCGAAAGAACAAUCGAAGCAUGGAAAGAAGUCAAAGUAAUGAGUGGUCCUAAUCUACUAGAUGCUGUUGUUACAGUCAAUUCCGAUGGAAAGAAGACUAUUGAUAAGAUUUUGAAACUUUGGGACAUUGCAUCAAAACAGAGAGCGAAUUUGACAGCGAAAGACAUCGAAAGUGUUUUUGGAAAUAGUUUUAAACAGUUUAGGAAUGCAGUUCUCCCUUUAAUCAACUAUUUCCUUUCAACGCCAAGUGAUUUAAUCAAUUACUUGACUGAGAUAAAUCCGAGAAAAUUCGCAUUGUCAUUUAAUGAAUUUGCAAAUGAUCUUUUCAAUGGAAACUUGACUUGGGAAACAUACACAGACAUGAACAACAAGUUGUUUGUGUAUUUGUACGAACCAUUAGACUUGAAAUACGGAAAAGGAGGAAUAAGUCGAUUGGCCAAGAGAAUUUUAAUUGGAGUUUUUAGUGGAAUUGCUUUCGUUGGAAUUAUCUCUUUAAUUGUAUUUUUAUGCAUCAGGAAGAAGAAUAAGAAGAACAAGAGAAAUUAUCCAACAGAAGAACUCAUGAGCGAUUUCACUAAAAUCUCAUUGUAA